AUGUUCAAGCGUUCCCAUAGAUCGAAUGAUCGUGUGGAAAAGAACAUUAAAUUGAAGAAAUCAUAUAGGGAUCCCGCAAAAUUGUCGAAAUUGCAGAAGUCGUUCGAUCAAAGCUCGCAAGACUCACCCAAUGCGAGUGGUUUGACCUCACCAAUUGUAACAUUUACAGUUGGCAAGGAAGGACGACUGUUUGCGGCGCAUGAAGAUGUUCUUUCCUUGUCUCCAUACUUUGCGACGGCAAUGAGAGGACAAUUCUUCGAGGCGCAGAGUAAGAGGAUCACUUUACCCGAUGAAGAACCCGAAAUCUUCUCCUGUGUUCUCGAAUACCUUUACAAGGGUGACUACUAUCCACGUUUGAUUCACAACAAACGCCGAAACUCUUGGGAGCUUGAGGAUGCAGAUCAUUCACCCAACCCCGAAAAUAUAGGUGGCCGCGGGUCGGUAGAGGCUACAAGUUAUAUAUCCAGCGUGGGAGAACACCUUUUAAAGGAUACUGUCAUAUACUGCGCUGCGGAGAAGUAUGGUCUCGAGGAACUCAAACGCGUUGCUCUUCGGAAGCAAGGUUUACAGAGUGAAAUCGAGGUUGCUACAAUUCUUCGUAGUGCUCGGUAUGCUUAUGACAACACGCCAGACACGGACUCUAGGCUACGCGCUCAUUAUCUUGCCUUGAUUAUCAGAUGUCGUAAGACAUUUAAGAGGAGCGGAACCAUGCAGACAGAAAUGGAGAGUGGCGGUAAACUUUUUUUUGACCUUUUCGUGGCAUUAUGCAAUCAUGUGGAUGAUAUUGUGGAUAUUGGAAAUUCCAAAUCUCCAAAAACCAUCUGAAGUGUUGCAUGUUCCAUGUUAGGUAUUUCGGCACGGCGUCAAUUGUUUUUGAGAUUGAUCAUAUAUCUCCAUCAAAUUUGGUACCCAUUUCGGAGAUUUUUGCGAUGCUUGCACCAAAUUCCUCCGCCUCGACACACGAGGUUGGCCAUCUUUUUGAUGAUUCACGAGAUUAAUUUUCUAUCCUUUUCUCAGUCAUACCCCUUGCUAUCUCGCUCCGAUGUUGUUCUUUUAAGCGGAAGGAACUCGCGUUUGCUUUUUCUUGCUUUCUGUACUGUUUUGCUAUCAACUUUCACAAAUUGCUUGACUUACUCUGUGGGUAUGUUACUCGUUGCGUUUGGAAUUGAAAAGGAAAUGGUAUAGAUGGAUCUACUGGUCGGGCGACUUCUUCGCACCACUUUUCUUAUUUCUGUUGGGAUGCAUGGAGAUGCUGUAGCUUUAGUUGUGUGCAUGAUCUUGAUGAUUAUGUACGGGCGGUCCCUAGUGGAUGCGCCAGCCUAGGCCCUCGUCAGGGCAUUAUAAUGAGAGAUUUGGCCACCUCAA